UAAAGGUGUAGAUAUGAAAUCAGCUUGGAAUGUGGAGGAGAUGAAAUUAGCGAAGGAAAUUGGUGAUUUGGAGUUGGGUAAUGCCAUUUUGGAGUUAAACUCAAAGAUAGAUGAAAGGGAAUCAAAGCUAAGGGAGGCAGGUAUUGCUAUUGCAAAGCUAAAAGAAGAGAGGAGCAGGAUAACUCAAGAGUGUGAAGCAUUAUGGCAAGAACUAGCAGUGGUGAAAAAACAGAGUGGUGCUAGAAGAGUUCAGGUCGGGUUCCCCUUUCUGUUUGUUGUUAUGAUGGCACUUGUCAGUGUGGCGCUUGGAUUAUGGUUACGCUCUUAAAGAAAGGAAUCUCAAGCGGAAUUAGAGAUAACUGAAGUCUGUAAUUAGUCAGAGGUAUAGAGAACAAACAGUUCUUCCCUGUCCUACAAGUUUCAUAUACAGUUGGAGGAGGGGAAACUGUAUAUAAGUUGUGGUUUCAUUCUAGGGGUAGUUUGGUGAAUUUCAACAGAUGUCUGUUAUCUUGUUUAUAUGAACAACUUACACUCCCUCCAAAAUAUUAAAAUGAGAAAUUUCGUAUAUGAGAAAGUAAAUGAUCUCUCAAGAUGGGUUGUCUGGUCUUGGAUCCAGUAGGGAAACUACCUCAGUUUCUUCCAAGGUCCAAAGACCAGCAACAUUUCUCUCACUUGCUGCAACAAAACCCCAAUCUCAAAUUGCACCAGCUCAAGCAAAUCCAAGCCCAGCUGCUCCGCAGAUCACUCCACCAAGACAAUAUCCUCGUGGCAAAGCUGAUUUCCGUCUGCUCUGCUUCUGGCACCAUGGACUAUGCAACCCGUCUCUUCAACUAUGUUGAAGAACCCGAUACUGUCUUGUGCAAUUCCAUGCUCAGGGGUUACACCAGAAAUGGUCUCUUUGAACUAGCUCUCUUAUUUUAUGUACAAUUGCUCGGUAAGGGAUUUAAACCAGACCACUUCACUUUCCCUUGUGUACUUAAGGCCUGUGCUGCCAUGCUUGGUACCAGUCUUGGAUCCCAAAUCCAUGCCAGCCUGAUGAAGAAUGCUUGUGUCUCUGACAACAUUUUCGUGCUGAAUUCACUCUUGGAUAUGUAUUUCAAGUCUCAUCAGAAGGAAUGUGCGGUUAGGGUCUUCUGGCAAAUUGAUGAACCCAAUUCAACUUCUUGGAAUAUCAUGCUUGCAGGCUUGUUGAACUCCGGUGAUCUAGAUUCUGCACAAAAACUGUUUGUUGAAAUGCCUCAAAGAGACGUAAUUUCUUGGAAUACAAUGAUAAGUGCUUACGCCAAAGCGGGUAACUUAGAAACUGCUCAAAAGUUAUUCAAUGAGAUGCCAAAAAGAAAUUUGGUCUCGUGGAAUGCUUUGAUAGCUGGGUUUUCUCAAAAUGGUUGGAACGAUGAGGCACUAUCAGCUUUUGCGCAAAUGCUAAGAUCAGGAAUCAGUCCUGACAAUACUACUAUUCUUUCGGUUGCAUCGGCUGUCAGUGGGGCCAUUUCACCUGACCCUACUGCUGUUGAGCGUAUAAUCAGUUUUGCGAAGUCAACCAAUUCCAUCUCCGUUUCCACAGCGGUUCUUAAUCUAUAUGCCAAGCUCGGAAGAAUCGAUGAUGCAAGAAAAGUGUUUUAUGAGAUUCCUGAGAAAGAUCUUGUGACAUGGAAUGCUAUGAUUGGGGGAUAUACUCAGAAUCAAAGACCCGUGGAAGCAGUUAAGUUAUUCAGGGAGAUGCAAGCAGAGUGUAAGGAUAGUGUUAAGCCCGAUGGAGUAACCAUGGUCAGCUUAAUUGCUGCUUGCUCCCAGAUGGGUGCAUUKGGUUUGGGAGAGUGGGUGCACACAUACAUUGAGAAGAACGGGGUUGAGAUGGAUGUAUUCUUGGCAACUGCUCUUGUUGACAUGUAUGCCAAAUGCGGAGAUAUAGAUCGAUCUUGGCACCUGUUUCAGGGUAUGCCCACAAAGGAUUUGGCAUCUUGGAAUGCUAUGAUCAAAGGUCUAGCCAUGCACGGGCAAGGAAAAAAAGCCCUUGAGAUUUUUUCCCUGAUGGAAAGAACUGGAGUAGUGCCCAAUGAUAUUACUUUUGUGGGCUUGCUUAAUGCUUGUAGCCAUGGUGGGGGCUUGACAGCUGAGGGCUUGGAGCUGUUCAAUUUAAUGCAAAGCCGGUACAGCAUUGUACCGCGGUUAGAGCAUUAUGGUUGCGUUGUUGACCUCCUCGGUCGAGCUGGAAGGUUGGCCGAUGCUUAUGAAUUUGUGAGAAGCAUGCCUAUCAAGCCGGACAAGGUUGUCUGGGGAGCACUGCUUGGUGCAUGUCGAUCCCACCAAAAUGUCAAAUUGGCUGAAGAAGCAGUUCGUAUGCUUGUUGAAUUGGAUCCCAGCCACGAUGGGAAUUAUGUGCUCUUGUCAAAUGUGUACGCUUCUGCAGGGAAAUGGAGAGAUGUUUCAAGGGUGAGGGCCCAAAUGAAAGYUCAACAAGUGCAGAAGACUCCCGGCUGUAGUGCAGUUGAAGUUGGGGGCGUUAUUCAUGAGUUUGUUGCUGGGGAUAAAUCACACCCAAGAUCUGAAGAAAUCUAUGCAGCUUGGGAUGAGUUGGUAAAGCAGAUUAAGCCGAUGGGAUAUGAGCCAGACACAGGGGCCUUACUAAGGAACUUGGAUGAAGAAGACAAGGAGGAGUCAUUGUAUCGUCACAGUGAGAAGUUAGCGUUAACGUUUGCGCUUAUUAGUACAGAACCCCAAUCACCAAUUAAGAUUGUGAAGAACUUGAGGAUAUGUGGAGAUUGCCAUAGAGCAAUGGAGCUGGUAUCCAAGCUUGAGGAGAGAGAAAUAGUAGUGAGGGACCGUAACCGUUUUCACCAUUUCAAAGCUGGGCUUUGCUCUUGUGGGGGCUACUGGUGAGGUGGAACCCUUGGCUUGGAUGGUAGUUGGGUAUCCUUUAUCACACGCGUGUACCGAGCCAGAUUGGGUCGUGUCGGGUGUGGGUGUGGGUAGGAUGUUACUGUGAAUGUGCAAGAAGUGAACAAGGUAAAACAGUAAAUGCAGGAAUUAAAGGACUUAUCGACUAA